AUGUUGAGAGAGAGAGAGUUAGAUAGAAAGAAGUGCACCUACCUCUCCACCGUCUCGGAGGCCCUCACCCAGGUGCGGGGCAACAAGUCGCGCAAGGACGUCAACACCGUCAAGUUCUUCGGACUCUUCUUCAUCUUCUACCAGAUGGCCCAGGUGUGGGGCAACCUGAUCUCCUCCUCGGUCCUGACCCUGAGUGCCCCUUCCCCGCAGUCGCCGGCCAACGAGAGCUUCGAGCUGGAGCUGCAGCGGGAGCUCGAGCGCAGCAGGGUGGCCCAGCUCUGCGGGGCCCGUUUCUGCCCAGGAGUAGGAGCCGAGGCCAAUCCCAACCUGGUGCCGCCUGCCCCCGAGCAAAUCCAGCUGCUCAACUCCAUCUUCCUCGCGUGCAUGGCAGCCGCAGUGGUCAUGAUGAUCUUCGGAGUCAGCUCCCUCAAGCGCUAUGGAGUCAAGCGCGGAGAUACCGGCGACGGAAUGUCCGGCCUGAAGCUCCUCACAGUGACCAUAAACCUGCUCCGCAAGCGCCGCCAGAUCCUGAUGCUGCCCAUCACGAUGUUCAUCGGCCUGGAGGAGGCCUUCCUGGCCGUGGACUUCACCCGCUCCUUCGUGGCCUGCGGAUGGGGCAUCUCCAGGAUCGGGUUCGCCAUGAUCUGCUUUGGAGUGGCGAACGCGGUGGCUGCCGGGAUCGCAGGUGCCCUGGUGGAGCGCUUCGGGCGAGUCACCCUGGCCGGACUGUGCGCUGUGCUGAACCUCUGCCUGCUCACCUACAUGUACUCCUGGGAGGCGAGGGAAGGCGACUACCUGAGCUACUGCGCCUUUGCUGCGAUUUGGGGCAUUUGCGACGGAGUCUGGCUGGUGGUGGUCAGUGCUUUUUAUGGCAUUCUGUUCCCGAACCAUCUGAUUGCCGCUUAUAGCAACUUCCGGCUGUGGGAAAGCACUGGUUCUGUAAUCGGCUACGUCAUCAGUUCGCAGCUUUGCACCUCCACAAAAUUGCUGAUUUUGAUGGGCGUUAUGUGCGUGGGCUGCGUGGGGUAUGGCCUCAUCGAAUACCGCGUUUGGCAGAAGCAAAAGAACCUGGAGGUCAUGCUCAGUGACUGAUCUAUAAGUGUAAUCCAUUAAAGCUAUUCCAUAUUCUUGCCAUUUACUUUUUGACUUUGUUUCCAAAAAUCAACUUUGAUCGAAUUUGUGACCAAGUCCCCAAGAAUUUCCAAGUUAUAUUAUUUUAACCUUUGUUUAAGAAGAAACCCUUUUCUAAAUCCCACUUUCUACUAUUCAAAUUUAAAAGCGGAAACAGAUAUAGUUGCUUUAUGUGAUAUUGCCAAGUAAGGUUAAGAAACGGUUCUUUUAAGAACUCUUCGUUACUGAAUAAAACCAAGUUUGUUUUAAUUU